AUGAGCUGCUCGAGCAGCUACUGCUGUGACGGACCAGUGCUCAAAGUCGCGCGUUACGUGCUGCCAGGCGUCAUACUGAGCAUCAUCUUGUACCUGUACUGGUCGUUUGUCCUCUUUGCCCAGAGCCGUAUACUCGCAAGCGGUGCAUCGCAUGCAGAAGUGCUUCUCUUCCACUACUUCGUGGGCCUCUUGAGUUGGUCCUUCGCACAGACGCUGCGGUCUCAGCGCUCGUUUCUGCCUCGUCGGACGCUUUCCACGACGCAACGAGAGGCACUGACGACGAGUGUCGUGCCACAGACUGCACGUUCUGACGCGUUCAUCGAAGUAAAAGCGAAUGGCGCAGCGCGCGUUUGUCGCAAAUGUCGCGCUGGGAAACCCGACCGAACGCAUCACUGCAGCACGUGUCGACGCUGUGUGCUCAAGAUGGACCACCACUGCAUCUUUCUGAACAAGUGCAUCGGGUACGACAACUACAAGUUCUUUGUCCAGUUUCUCGGCUGGAGUGCCGCAACGUGUUUGUACCAGAGCAGUCUCUUGUAUCGCUACGUGCUGGCAACAAGUCUUGGACGAGCUGCGACGCUCUACGUGUUCGGCAAGCUAGGGCUUUUAAGUCCACACCUACAGAUUGUGAGUGUCUUUGUCGGCAGCGCGUGCCUGGGACUUGCACUAGCUUGCUUCUACAUGGUGCAUCUGUACUUUGUGGCGAAUAACUACAGCACGCUCGAAUACUGUGAGAAGCGCACUGACCCGGAGUAUGUGAACUACUUCAACAUGGGCAUCGUGCGCAAUUUCCAAGAGGUGUUCGGCACGUUCCGCGAGUUCCCGUACUGGUUUGUGCCCGUGCACAGCCCCAGCUUUCUGAAGCGAGACGGAAAGAGCUUUCCAUUGAACCGCAAGCUCGUCAAGGUGGACUAG